CUCAGUCCGGUUCCUUCACGUGCCUUCUGGACCCGGGGAAGCAGACGGUGGAGAACAGCGGUCUGAUCUGUUAAAACGACGACUUUCUUUGCUCUGGAAUAUAUCGUGCUGCGCCGUGGAAUGGCUGGCGAGAAGAAGUUUUGCUGCCCAGUCAAAUGUCGCACUCUCAUGACCACAGAGCGCUGAUCUACGCCGGACUUGCUACCGUCGCCUCGCUCGCGCUGUAUGCCCUGCUGCCGUCGUUCAUGACCAAUUCUGACGAUUCCGACGAUUUCUACUUUUCCGAGACCUCUGACAAUCCUCUGGCGGGCUUUUCUCGAAACUCCCGCUACGUUGUCGGACUGCUGAACUCGAGCAAUGACUGCUUCGCCAACAGCGAUUUGCAGGCGCUAGCUUCCAGCCCGACUCUACGAGCCUACUUGAAAAAUCCCGAGGUUCAGAAUGAGCCGCUCACGGCCGCCUUGAGAAAGAUCAUUGAGGAGCUCAAUACACCGCUCCGGCGGCCAAAAGCAAUCUCCCCAUGGCCGUUUCUACAUGUACUGGAGUACGUCUUCAAGCGACGGAUAACACGACAGCAGCACGACGCGCACGAGCUGCUACACUUGAUUCUCGAAACGAUCACAGACGAGCACGAGAAGGCUCUCAAAGAAUUGUCUGACGACUCAAGUCAAGAAAAAGAGAGCGAUAAAAAGACCUCGUCCACAGCACCAGUCAAACGCAAGCUCAUGCCAUUCGAAGGUACCACAGUAGACGUCAUUGAAUGUCAAUUCUGUGGCCACAGAUCAACUCCCAAGACCACAAACUUCCUAGUCCUGACGCUGAACGUUCCGCAGACAUGGAGCGCGACGCUGGACGAAUGCCUGUCGUCUGUGCUUCUGCGCGAGACGAUCAGCGACUAUGGCUGCCAGUCCUGCAGACUGAAGGUGCUCAUCGACUCGAUUUCGCGGUCACUCGCGCGGAAAGGAAUGACCGCCGGCGAAUCAACGAGUGCUGCUCCUGCCGACGGCAGCGAUCCUCCUAAUUUCAAUACCGAUCCAGCUGGAUACCUCCAGUAUCUCAAAGCGCUCGACCCAAGCAGCGAUCUGCAUCCAACGAUAGAGGCCGCGCUGCCAAGGGAGAUCAAAUCUACAAUCACGCGAACGACGACGUUUGGCCAUCUGCCAGACGUUUUGAUCCUGCACCUUUCGCGGUCGAUAUACUCAUCCGUCACCGCGACGCGGAAUAACUGCCGCGUGCAGUUUCCAGAGUUUUUGACCCAGCGGUCAGGGCAGCCGAAGGCACCGAGGCUUGAUUUGUUGGCUACAUCACUCGGCGCGGAGGACGAAGACGCUUCUGAAGCAGUGGAAAAGACAUAUAGACUGGUUGCUGUCGUGCGUCAUCUCGGAACACACUCUGCUGGACAUUACGAAUGCUACCGACGCAAGGAAAUGUUCAAAGACUAUUUUGCGCGCGCAAGGGAGGACUCUGCGUUUGAAGAAAAGCUAGCGGUCGAGAACCACAGUAACAUCUCGACACCAGAUGAAGUCGAGCACGUCAGUCCCACUACAAGUGAGAGCUCAGGCCUGUUUGCCGCUACGCCCGACGAAGACAGCAUCCCCGACCAGCAGCACCCAGCGCAGACCCGCCAUCGGGGAAAGCACCGUCGCCGCGAACUAGGCGCCCGCGCGGCACGGAAACUGUACCGCCAGUUCACGGGGCCAAAGGGAUGGUGGAGGAUCAGCGACGACUCGGUCUGGGAGGUGUCGGUGGACGAAGUCCUGAGACAGGCGCAGAAUGCGUAUCUGUUGGUUUACGAGCGGGUGUCGCCUGAGGAGGUGACAGAGUUGAAGGCGAGAGGGAAGCUAUGAGCAGCUCUUUUCUUGAGCUGAGCUGCUUUUUAGAUUGUUGUAUAU